CAUAAAAAAACUUUGCCGAAAUAUGUAUACUAUUAGGGGAAUUUUUUACAUUUUGCAGAGUAUCUUGAUUAUCCUAUUUAUUGGUGAUAUUCAGGGGGACGCUACGCGUUGUAAAAAAAAUUCAGAGUACAUGUGCAACGGUAUAGAGUUUCAAUGUCCUGACACCAAACCUGAAAAUCAAGAAGUGUGUAAAUGUUUCUGCAAUGGAGGCUAUUGGAGAGAUGGCAAUGGCAACUGCGUGAAAGAAUGUCCAUGUCCACCGGGAAAAGUAUGGAGGGAAGGUAACAGUUGCUUCGACCAAUGUAACAACAGGUUUUGUCCCCAGUACUUAAUGUGGGGUUGCUGGAACGAAAAAACAUGCACCUGAAGAAAUACUUCCACAGGAUAAAAAAAUAAGUAAUUUUACUCUUAUUAGUUUUAUAAA